GCCAGGUGGUGGCUGAUGCGGUGGUUGCCAUCUCACUCUGGUUCUUGGCCCCCCCAGGGACAAAACCCCUUCGACCUGGAGUUCGACCAGUCCAACCACCUGGAGCCCGUCUUCAACUUCGAGUGUCCGCCCCGUCCCGACAUGCCUUCAAGCCAACCCAUCGAUAUCCCUGACGCCAAGAAAAGGAACAAGAAGAAGAAGCGCUGCAGAGCCACCGACAGCUUCUCCGGCAGGUUCGAAGAUGUUUACCAGCUGCAGGAGGAGGUGCUGGGAGAAGGGGCCCACGCCAGAGUCCAGUCCUGCGUGAACCUCAUCACCAACAAGGAGUACGCAGUGAAGUCUUUCCUGCGGUGGCAUCAGCUGCUGGGGCUGGCGAGGCCUCUCGUUAGGAGGCCUCUCGUUAUGUUCCGGGGUGAUUAUCUGCUGGCUGCAGCUCUUUUUUUCUUUUUUUUUUUUUCCUCGGCGCUGGUCACGAGGCCCGUGUGGGCUGUGGGUCACGUGUGGGCUGUGGGUCACGUGCGCUGGAAAACCCCAGAGUCCCAUGGGGCAACGGCCGCUGCCUCUCGCCCUCCAUCACCCUUAACUCCUCCGGGGCCGGGUCCUGCGCCCGCUGUGGGGCAGGGAAGGGGCAGAGAAGGGGCAGGGCAGGGGCAGGCUCAGCCCCACGGUGCUUCGGGGCCGUGCCCAGGCCAUGGGGCGGAUGCUGAGCUGUGCGGCUCCGCUGAGUACAUGGCCCCAGAGGUGGUGGAAGCCUUCAACGAGGAGGCCUCCAUCUACGACAAGCGCUGUGACCUGUGGAGCCUGGGUGUCAUCCUCUACAUCAUGCUCAGCGGGUACCCCCCCUUCGUGGGCCACUGCGGCUCCGACUGUGGCUGGGACCGGGGCGAGGCGUGUCACACUUGCCAGAACAUGCUUUUUGAGAGCAUCCAGGAGGGGAAAUAUGAGUUUCCCGACAAGGACUGGGCACACAUCUCCUUCGGAGCCAAAGACCUCAUUUCCAAGCUGCUGGUGAGAGAUGCCAAGAAGCGGCUCAGCGCGGCCCAGGUCCUGGAGCACCCCUGGGCGCAGGGGUGCGCCCCAGAUAACACCCUGCCGACCCCCAUCAUCCUGCAGAGGAACAGCAGUGCCAAAGAGCUCACCUCCUUUGCUGCCGAGGCCAUCGCCGUCAACCGCCAGCUGACACGGCGCGACGAGGACGAGGAGGAGGAGGCGGAGGAGGAAGCACGACCCAUCAUCAUCAAAGCUACCUCACGGGCCAUGCAGCUCUCCCCCCCCUCCGAGUCCAAGCUGGCCAAGCGGCGGCAGAAGAGCAGCCUGGCCAAGGCGGUGGCCGCCGGGCAGCACCUGGUGGCCCCGCUGGUCCUGGUGGCCGACCAAGCCUGAGCUGUGCCCCUCAGACCUGCUGUACCCCAUGUCCCCCUCCUCCUCCUCCUUUCUUUUUCUUUCUUUCUUUCUUUCCCCCCCCACCCCAAAGCCCCCCCCUCCAUUUCAUGCUAGUGACAAGAUCAGGACUCGUCCCUGUGGCUGGUUUCCAAGGUUUUGCUGAUCUUGUAGGUCUGGGGGUGGGAGGGUUUGUUUAAGAUCUUUUUAUUUUUUAAGGUAUUAAAUCAAGCGUGAGGUUGCUUCACCCAGGGCACACUCAAGGACAUCUGACAGACACACGGACUUUUGUUUCCCGACUCUUGGUUUCUCCUCUGACAUUUUUCUGCCCCCUCCCUCCCCGACACCAAAGGACUCUUUGUAUCCGCGGCUGCUUUUGACGAUUUCAGCUCAUUUCAUACUGUGAACAAAAGCCCCUCGGUCGCGUUUUCAACAGCGGGAGUCGCGUUUUAACCUCCCCCCUCCCCUCGGAGCUGCAGGUCUUUCUCCGAAAGUUGGGGUAGAUCCCACAAAACCUCCCCCCAGUCCUGUCCUUGGUGGGGGGCGGUCCGAGAGGUGCCUCCCAGCCGCGGGGGAGCCCCUCCGUCCCAUGUCCUAUGCUCGGGGGUGUCCCCGGCAGCAUUUUGGGGGGGGACGUGGUGGGUGUUGUGCAGGGAACCGCUGGGGCCGGGGAGAGACGGUGCCAGCGAGGGAGCAGCGCCCCGUCCCACCCUCUCUCCUCGGCAGCCCGUUUCCAGAAUAAGCUAUUCACCCCCCUA